GCCUACAUGGUGUUAACCUCAAAGCAAGACGGGACCCAGCAACCCGCUCCACCUAACGUACUGGCUGAGCUAGAGUGUUUUUGUUUUUUGUUUUUCCCGUUUUUCCUCUUUCCUUUCUUUUUUUUUUUUUUUUUUGUUUGUCUGCCGAAACUCACCUCCGUCAGGGGGGGCCACCUGGGGAAGAGACGGUCACGCCCAGACCUCAUCAGAACGAGUAGAAAGUAAAACCCGAAUAACGGGGACUCGGAUGAUAACUCGCCCGGCCCCGUGCGUCGUCAGCCGCCAGCUGCCCUCCGGCAAGAGGACCGCGCGGACUCCGCUUCGGCUCUCAGUUGGGAAUCUAUCUCGUCUGUGGCUGGAUGGAUAAGGCAAAAGAAUUAAGACAGAGGUUCUUCUUCCCAUUCAUUGCUACCAUCAUUUUCAUCUGCAUCAUCGUUGUGAGAACACCCAGGAUGUACGGGUCGAUGCCAAACCUGCGGGGGCCCCAGAAAACUUGCCCCUUUCAGAUCUCUCAGCAGACCAUAACCCCCCUCAACAACACCAAGCACUUACUGGUGUCAACCUACAUGGACCAGAGAGUGAACGGUUUUGAUAUACGAAUCAUUGGCAUAUUUAGGAGAGACUCCAUCCAACCUCUUCACUGUCUUUUCUGCUGUGCAGGUUACUUAUCAAGUACAACAACUCCAGCAACCAUUUCACAACACUCAGACAACUUUGGUUUUCCCUUCGUCACUACAGAUGUCAUGUGUCAGAUUCCUCCAAACUGCAACGCUACGCACAUUGCUCUUCUGACUCAGCCAGAGUGCGCGAUUUUAUCUAACCAGAUUUGGUUACCCAUAAGAAACAAAAACACUAAUGGGAAGGAGGCGAAAAAGUUGCAGUUUAACUUCACAGUCUGCUUCUCUAACCUUUUCGGAGACUACAACAAUGUGCUUCAGUUUGCACAGACCCUGGAGAUGUACAGGUUGCUGGGUGUGGACAGAGUGGUGAUCUAUAACACCAGCUGUGGCCCAGAACUCGACCGCCUCUUGCAGACCUACAGCCAGGAGGGCUUUGUGGAGAUGGUUCCCUGGCCCAUCGACAAGCAUCUGAACCCAUCCCGUGGCUGGCUCUUCUCAGAGCACGGAGGGGACAUGCAUUACUUUGGCCAGCUGACCACGCUUAAUGAGUGCAUUUACAGAUCCAUGGACCGAUCACGCUACGUCCUGUUGAACGACAUAGAUGAGAUCAUAAUGCCAUACCAACACAAAAACCUGAUGUCUCUGAUGAGCAUGCUCCAACAGCAGCAUCCAAAUACAGGGGUGUUCCUCAUUGAGAACCACAUCUUCCCCAAGAAACACUUUGAGCCAAGUGGGAGGUUUCACCUGCCUCAGUGGAGAGGGGUGCCAGGAGUUAAUAUUCUGGAGCACAUCUACAAGGAGGAGCCUGACAGAAACAUAUAUCACCCCCACAAGAUGAUAAUUCAGCCAAGGAUGGUGGAGCAGACUUCAGUACAUGAAGUACUCAAGAAUUUUGGACAGCAUUUCAAGGUUCCACCAGACGUUUGUCGGAUCAUUCACGUCCGCGUGUGCCUGCAGGGGUCGUUAACGCUGCAGCAGCUCCAUGUGGACAAACGGCUGUGGGACUUCACUGGAAAACUGAUUCCAAAUGUGGACAAGGUGUUGAAGAGAGCGGGACUGCUGACAUCAUAGGUGCAGAGCUGAUGGAUGGGACUGGACAGACACUCAGAUGGACACAAUGUACUGAGCAACGGCCACAAUGCUGGUGCUGAUGCAGUGAACUACACUGAACUGAAUGCUGCUCAGCUGUCAAGAAUGCUAAACCUUUGAAGAGCGGUAGAGGUAUUGUGUGUAGUUCACUGUGACUAAUUGGUUUUGUCACAGUUAACAAUUGGUUAAGUGUUGGGCCCGUUUAAAUCAGUGACCUUAUAUGAAAGUCAAGGGGUCACCAAAUUUACCGCAGUUUAUCCUGAGGGGGACAUGAACGUCUGUACCAACGUCAUGGAGAUUCAUCCAACCAGUGGACAGGCCAAUAUUCCCAAACUGCUUGCGUAACAAUAAAAAAACACUAGAAAUCCUUCUAAAAUUGUAAAACUUGUGGUGCAAUAGAACACAGAAAACAGAGAAAUACUUGCAGAUACAAUAACUACAGUAAAUAAUUAAGCUCAGUAACCUCCUGGUUUCCUUGAGAAGUCAUCCUGGAUGUUUUUUUUAAUCGAGUUAUUGAUAAAUUCUGUAAACUGUACAAAUUAAAUAUUUUUAACUAUCAGCCUAAAGGAAGUGGGACUUUUGUCAGAUUAAGGAGAACCGUGAAAACAUUGUGAUUUCUUAUCAGUCUGUCGGCUCGGUAGGUUUUAUACAAAAUAAACAAGGGCGUUAAUAGUUCUUUGUUCAUGUGAGCAUUUGGUCAGGCAGCUUUGUGGCGUUUCUGUUUACAGCUAGGUGUGAGGAAAAUGAAUGAAUUUUAUCAAAAAUAAAUGUGUUCUAAACACCUCAGGGCAUAUUUCUGUUAAUUGGU